AAAGUUUGAUAUCACGUGGGUAUCCCGUCUCUUGAGAGAUGUCUGGUCGUCAGGACGUUACGAGACUGCUUGCUGUCACUCUGGUGAGAAGUUCUAUCGGUCGACCUUACUGGGAGAAGAGGACACUAGAGGUGUUGAAGUUGGGCAAACUGCAUCAGACUGUUGUACACAAGAAUACGCCUUCUGUGAACGGAAUGCUUCGUUCGGUCAACCAUCUCAUUGAUGUUAAACCGCUCAACGUGCAUGAUAGUUCUAGUCACGUGACUCCUCUUCUAACGACUAGUGGAGACUUCUACGUGAACGGUGGUUUAGUGGGAGAGACUGAUACUUCUAAAGUUUGACAUAUAUUGUGUUUUAUUUGUAUUUUGUACAAAUGAUGGUAUGUAAGUCGAGUGAGCCAGUAAUAGAGCUGUAGA